AUCUGUUCUAAGUGAUUAUUGUAUACAAUCUGGGUUUGCCAUUGUAGUGGAUAGAUCUAGUCCAGCUAGAUUCACUGCUCAGUGCUUGGAAUUGAACUGUAAUUGGAGGAUACAUUCAAAUGUACUCCCUGAUGGCACUACUUGGGCCAUAAAGAGUAUAAAAGAUCAAGAGCACAGUUGUAGGGGUUUGGAUGAGAGGAAUCCUUUAGUUAAUGUGAAAUGGGCUGCAAGUAAGCUAAUUGAUGAUAUAAGGGCAAACAAUGAUAUAACUGGGAAAACUUUGAAUGACUUGUUGUGGACCAGGUAUGGGGUGCAGAUGGCCACUAGUACUCUCUAUAAAAUGAGGAGUAUUGCUCUUAGGGAGAUCAAUGGUGGGAAUGAUGUGUUAAUUUCUUCAUUAUGUGUUCUUGUAGGGAAUAGAUCUUGCUUUAACUGAGCUAUGGCCAAAAGUAGGGAGGAGGUAUUGCUGCAAGCACUUAGCUAAAAAUUGGAAAUCAGCUUUUCCAGGACCCUUGAUGCACUCCUUAUUUUGGUUGGCAUGUAGUGCUACUUCAACAUUCACCUUUAAAAAGGCUAUGAAAAGAAUUCAGAAGACAAACCACUUGGCACUAAUAUGGUUAGCUAAUCUAGGAGAUCAAGAGAGGUGGUCAAGACACAAGUUUGACCCAAAGAUAUGCACAGAUGAGAAUAAAACAAACUUUGUGGAGAGUUUCAAUGCCACUUUAGGAGUGGACAGAUGCAGACUUGUUCUGACUCUUUUGGAAGGCAUACGAAGAAUGUGUAUGGUAAGGAUGUCAAGUAGAAGACAGAAAUGUAAAGAUUGGAAUGAUUUUGAUCCAUGUCCUACCAUUGUAAGGAGAAUCCAAAUGCUGAUCAAUGCUUCUAGAACUUGCAAGGCAUUCCAGAGUAAAGAGGGAGAAUAUGAAAUAAGAGAGGGUAAGUCAAUUCUCCCGGUGUCACUCAAUAAUAGAAGUUGUAUAUGUGGGGCUUGGCAAAUUUCAGGCAUCCCUUGUUGGCAUGCAUUAAGGGCUAUACUAGCUGCAGGACAUGAUCCUCAUAAGUAUGUUAGCACAUGGUACUCAGUUGCAGCCUACAAACAAUGUUAUUCACAUGCCAUCAACUCAAUUCCAGACAUUGAGCAUUGGCCAGAAAUUGACCAGCCAACAAUUCAAGCUCCUACAAUGAGGAGAGGAAUAGGAAGACCAUCAAGACAGAGAAGAAGAGCUGAUGAUGAACCAGAUAAAGAAAAAAGGUCAACCACAGUCAAAUGCUCACUCUGUAAAUCAUAUGGCCAUAACAAGCAAACAUGCAAAGGUGGUAUGACGGCAAAGGAGAAAGCAUCACACGGUACCGAGAAAAAACAAAAGACAACUGGUGCUGCCUCUGCAUCCCAGCCAACCACUGCUAAUGUUACACGAAGCUUAACUAUAUCUUCUUCCCAACCAGAGCCAGUUUCUCAGCCAUCUCAGUCCAAGCCAAGGAACAACAACAAAGGGAAAGAGAAAAUGUAGCCUGGGGUCUGGUUUUUUCAACAUGAGUAUCUUUUAUUUAGUAGUAAAUAAAGGUCAACUUAUGUACUAGAUUUGAUGUUUUUUUUUUCUUUUUUUUCUGAAACAUUUUUUUAUGCAUCAAUUGGCAUUUGUCAGACUGCUGCUAUCUACUUUUAAUCUUGUGUUGCUUUGAUUCCUGAACUUCUACAUACAUUCACUUUAGUGAUAGUCCAGCCAGAUCUGCUGCUGUAUACAUGUGACUACCUUCCAGCUAAAUGGCUUUAAUGCAAUUAAAUGCCAAAGAUGGCUGUCCUUAUGUAGUAAGAUCAGUAAACUUUUCAUGCCGAAGUGCUGAGCAAUGGGCUCUUAUAAAUUGCCGAAUAUUUCAUGUUAUUUAUGCAUCUUUCUGUUGCAACAAUAUGCAGAAUGGAUAUACGUGCUAACAAAAGGAUAAAUUUUUUGGCACUUUUAUCUUUCUGUGCUAGUGUGUCCUGAUAAAAAUAUGGGUAGUCCACAAGCAAGUGAGUCGUUUAAGAAGCUUCAGUGUGCUUAUGAGGUAAUGAGUAUGGUUCUAAUGUUGAUUAAACCUUUUAUAUACAAUCCAUUUGCUUUACUCUAAGAUAUGCCAUGGGUGGGAAUAUUAGCAUCAACUUUGAUCACUCUAGGAGUGUUAUGUAGGCUAUGCGGGGCUUGAACCCACACCAUGUACACUACUGUACAUUGCUCUACCCGUUGAGCUAAUAGCCUUGAAAAAUAAUCUAAUUUUUAGUUCUUUUUUUUUUUUUUUUUUUUUUUUUUUUUUUUUUUUUUUUUU